AUGUCUGAACUAUCUAAUAGUGCGGCCGCCAUUGUCGCCAACGCGACCAAGAAGCUUAGAGAAGAAGGCGAGGUUGCUAAGAGUCGUCUUUUGGAUCAGCAAUUUCAUAUCACACUAACCGGAGCCAUCCGCUUGUGUGUAGGUCGUUAUGCAGACCCCUUGGUUCCACGGAAGACGUCAGACCCUCAGUUUUGGCCAAAGGAUGUGACUCUAGAAAUGGAACAAAGAUGGCUGGCUAUGAUUAAGGAGCAUCGGUCCGUUUAA